GUACAGCUUUAAAAGUUUUUUUUUAACGAAAGUCUCAAAUUUUAACAAAUGACAAUGACCAAAUUUACAAUUUAGCCUAGAGAAAUUGAAUAAAGGAGGCGAAAAGAUAAUUUUAAAACUACAAUGACUAUAUUCGCCAAUUGAUCAAAGUUUUCAUCUUUCUCGAGAUGUUGAUUUAAAAUUUCAAUCAAGUCCCUUCUUCUUGUGCAGUGUGCCCACCCACCCCCCUUAAACAGUAAAGUUGAAAAAGCUUUCUCCUUCUAUCCUUCUCGCAUAUUCCUAUAAAUACAGUUGUUUCCCUCUCAUUUUCCCCACUCUAAUAUUCCCUCAAAUCCGCCAUUAAUUCUCUUCAACUGCUCCAUCACAGUAAGAAUGUCCGCAGGCGAAAACGGAGGCUCCGACGGACGUAUCAAUGGAAUCAAAUCCGCACUUCGCGUCAUCCCUAACUUUCCGAAACCAGGUAUAAUGUUUCAAGACAUCACGACAUUGUUGCUUGAUCCGAAGGCAUUCAAAGACACGAUCGAUUUGUUCGUUGAGCAUUACAAACAUGAAAACAUUUCUGUAAUUGCAGGAAUUGAGGCAAGGGGUUUUAUAUUUGGUCCACCAAUUGCACUUGCAAUAGGAGCAAAGUUUGUUCCAUUAAGGAAGCCAAAAAAGUUACCUGGUGAAGUGAUAUCAGAAAAAUAUAUAUUAGAAUACGGAUCAGAUUGCCUUGAAAUGCAUGUUGGAGCAGUUAAAUCUGGAGACAGAGCUCUUGUUGUUGAUGAUUUAAUUGCUACUGGUGGUACCAUUUGUGCUGCAAUCAACUUACUUGAGCGUGCUGAAGCUGAAGUGGUGGGGUGUGCUUGUGUAAUUGAAGUACCAGACUUGAAGGGUCGGGAGCGAUUGCGAUCGCAUGGGAAGGAAUUGUACGUACUUGUUGAGUCGCAGUUUGAGCCAACUAAACAAUCAUAACUUUCCUGUAUUAUGGAA